GUCAAAAGACUCAAAACUCUCCAACUCUAUACGUCACGACUGUUAAUACCUCCGCUAUCUCCUACCCAGUUAAACACUCACCACGUGUCUAUUCACGGUCUUAAUCAGACGCCGUGAAAGUAACACCCUCCAACGACCGCCUUAAAAACCACGUUUUCAUUUUCUCAUCUCAACCUAUUUCAUUUAACCGCACUUCUCCUCUCAGAUCCUCUCACCAAGCUAGAAGGUCUCAGAGAUGCCGUCGCCGUCAACGCCAAUAACGUCGUCGUAUUGGUGUUACAGCUGCACGCGAUUCGUCAGCGUCUGGUCCGAAUCCGAACAAGGCGCCACCACCGUCAGCGUCUCUUGCCCUCACUGCGACGGCGGUUUCAUCGAAGAGCUCACCGAUCCCUCCUCCGCCGCCGCUGCCGAACUAACUCCUCAACCUUCCACCGAAGUCAGAUCGAUCAUCAGCAACCGCAGAUCUAUAAUCAGACGCCGGAGAUCCACUCCUCAUCCUUCCUUCAAUCCAGUCAUCGUCCUCCAAGGAGGCGCCGGCGAGAGAGACGAUGGAGAAGAAGAAGAGGCUAGAGACCGACGAAGACGCGCGUUCGAGUUUUACUACGACGACGGAUCCGGAUUAGGUCUAAGACCUCUUCCUGAUUCCGUAUCCGAGAUCUUGAUGGGAUCGGGGUUCGAGCGGUUGCUCGAGCAGUUAAGUCAGAUCGACGCCGCGGCGGGGAUCGGACUCGGUAGAUCCGGGAACCCUCCCGCGUCGAAAUCGGCGAUUGAGUCGUUACCGAGAGUCGAAAUCUCGGAUUGCCACGUAGGCGCGGAGGUUAAUUGCGCUGUGUGCACUGAGGUCUUCGAGGGAGAGACCGAGGCGCGUGAGAUGCCGUGUAAGCAUAUUUUUCACGAAGACUGUAUCGUUCCGUGGCUAUCGAUACGAAACUCGUGCCCCGUCUGCCGUUUUGAGCUGCCUUCGGAUGGUAACGGCGAGGAAGGUGAUAACAACCCCGUGGGGAUGACGAUAUGGAGACUCCCCGGAGGCGGAUUCGCGGUGGGGAGGUUUAACGCGGCGAUGAGGGAGGGGGAGAGAGUGUUGCCGGUUGUGUUGACGGAGAUGGACGGUGGUGGGAUUGGUGGUAAUAGUGAUGGUCCUAGACGGAUCUCGUGGGUUAGAGCUAAUGGGACGUUUGAGUCAGGUAGUAACAACGGUGGUGGUGGCUCUGGCUCGGGAGGGAGAUUGAGACGGAUGGUUCGUGGAAUGGUGUCGUUGAUGAGGAGAGUGAGACCAAACCGUGGUGUUUCGUCUUCUUUGAAUCAACUGGGUUUGGACAGUGAAGUAGAAACUAGGGUUAUGGAUCGGUCGAAUUCAGUGCUGAGGAGAUACUUUGGGCGAAGCAGAAGUAACAGAGAUUCUUCAGUUCUGCAUUGAUAAUUUUAUAUUUUUUGUUUGUUUGUUCAUCAUCCAACAAUGUAAAUAUAAGAAUAUUCAGAAGAAAGUCCGAAUAUUGUUUGAUUAUUUGUAUGAUACAUUACAUCAAAAUGUCUUAUGUUCAUUCAAGUUUUCAU